AAAGUCUUCUAAAUCAUUUGGGAGAAAAGUCCCAAAUCAUCAAAUCAAAUCCUAAAGAUGUUCAAAGUUGCAAGAGCGUCACAGUAUUUGGCGAUCACCGGUGCUGGUAUCGAAGACAUAAAGCUUUCGAAGAAGUCAUGGGUGUUUCCAUGGCAAUCUUGCACCAUCUUCGAUGUUUCUCCGGUGAACUACACUUUCAAAGUCCAAGCCAUGAGUGCAGAGAAGCUUCCUUUUGUUCUCCCUGCUGUUUUUACGAUUGGUCCUCGUGUCGAUGACGAUGAAGCGCUGAUUCUGUACGCUAGGUUGAUUUCUCCUCAUGAUAAAGAAUCUAAUCAUGUUCAUGAGCUUGUUGAAGGUGUUAUUGAAGGAGAGACUCGUGUUCUUGCUGCUUCCAUGACUAUGGAAGAGAUCUUUAAAGGGACAAAGGAGUUUAAGAAGGAAGUGUUUGAUAAGGUACAAUUGGAACUAAAUCAGUUUGGUUUAGUAAUCUACAAUGCCAAUGUGAAGCAGCUUGUUGAUGUGCCUGGACAUGAAUACUUCUCUUACUUGGGUCAGAAAACCCAAAUGGAAGCAGCAAAUCAGGCGAGGAUCGAUGUGUCUGAGGCCAAGAUGAAGGGAGAGAUCGGUGCCAAGGAACGGACUGGUCUUACCCUCCAGAACGCAGCGAAGAUUGAUGCGGAAUCAAAGAUCAUAUCGAUGCAGAGGCAAGGAGAAGGGACAAAAGAAGAGAUAAAAGUAAAGACUGAGGUUAAAGUGUUUGAGAAUCAGAAGGAGGCUGAUGUAGCUAAGGCCAAUGCCGAGCUAGCGAUGAAAAAAGCUGCUUGGACCAAGGAUGCUCAGGUUGCUGAGGUUGAAGCAACCAAAGCAGUGGCUUUGAGAGAAGCUGAGCUUCAAACUCAGGUCGAGAAAAUGAAUGCAUUGACCCGAACCGAGAAGCUUAAAGCCGAGUUCCUUAGUAAAGCCAGUGUUGAGUAUGAAACCAAGGUUCAAGAAGCAAAUUGGGAACUAUACAACAAGCAGAAGCAAGCAGAGGCGGUUCUAUAUGAGAAACAAAAGCAAGCCGAGGCACAGAAAGCGCAAGCAGACGCAUCAUUCUACUCAAAGCAGAAAGAAGCAGAGGGACUUGUUGCCUUAGCUAGUGCUCAAGGGACUUAUCUAAGAACCCUCUUAGACGCUGUUCAGAAUGACUAUUCUUGUCUUAGAGACUUCUUGAUGAUUAACAAUGGUAUUUAUCAAGAGAUCGCUAAGACUAAUGCGAUGGCGGUUAGAGACUUGCAGCCCAAGAUUAGUGUUUGGAACCAUGGUGGAGAACAGGGUGGUGGUAGUGGGAAUGCUAUGAAGGAUAUAGCUGGACUUUACAAGAUGUUGCCUCCGGCUCUUGAUACGGUUUAUGAGCAGACUGGGAUGAAGCCACCGGCUUGGAUCGGUACUCUAGGCGAUGUGGAACCGAAGCAAGUGACGCGAAACUGAGAGGUUGAGGUUUGGAUAGUGGCAUGGUUUGGUUAUUUACUUGUGGUUGAAGAUACAUCCUUGUCCUUGAGAAUGUAAAUUUUUAUUUUUUAAUCCCGUUGGAAAAAACUUGGCUUAUUCUGAAAUGUUUUUUUGAAGAGUUUUAUUUUUUUUUUCUUAA